CUUGAUUAAUUAUUAUGACAAACUCACUCAUCUACUCAUGUACGUUCAAUAGUCUCAAAGUGGGAAACCAACCACGUUACGAUUACAAUUAUUAUGCUAAUUUCAUCUCAUUAUUAUUAUGAUUUAUAAAAAAAAAUUUAUUUGUCAAGUUCAACAUUGUAUUUUUGUACGGAGAUAGAAUAUGCAUACAACGAUGCACAUGCAAUGAGGCUAAUGUAAAUGCAAGUUUUAAAUAGUGUCAAUAUUACGUUUUGCCUAAACUAGUAGGACACGUAGGUUUAGAAUACUAAAUUAUAUUGCAAUCUAUGUACGUAUAUAUAAAUUGCUAACACUACUUCUCGCUAUUACUGUGCUAAUUGUCUUCUAAAAGUGUGCCUAUCAAAAGACAAUCAAUUCUUACAUUACAAGUAUCGAGAUUCCUAAAUUUAAUUUUGAAAUACGUAUUUUUCGGUUGAAUCUUUAUGUCCAUUGUUUUUACUAAUUUGUUUUAUGUCAAUGUGUCAUAUUUCCAUAAUAGUUCUUCCUAUUUAGAUCUCUAACUGAAUGUUUAGUUUAUUAUUAAAUAAUGUAUGCAAUUAAUGCAAAUUGACAUUUUCGUCUCAUGUUUUGAGUAGAAGACUUUCAAAUUUUAUACCUCAGAUAUCUAGCUUUUAAUUUAAUGUACUUAACUAACAUGACUAUCAAAUAAUUAUUAUGACUCAUCCAUCCGAGACUAGAAGAUUGAAAUCUACAGUUAAUGAUUAGUUAAGGCCAAAGGUUAAUACUGAUAGAUAUUGAAUAUAAUGCCUAAAUCAAUCUACUUAUUAUUAUGUACUGGACCUGAACUGGCUGAUUUUUUUGUUAUUUCAUUUCUUAUUUAUUUUGCCGUUACAUAUAAAAUUGUCAAACUUUAGAAUCCUGACGAAUCAAUAAAUAAUGUAAAAUUUAUAAUAUCCGAUUGAAGGUAUAAUUGAAAUCAUUAUUUUUUGCAUAUUGAGAAUUGGGAAACAUGACACAGCGGCAACGGGAUGAAAAUAAUGUGGUGUCCAUUUCACAGUUAUUCUUUUUGAGACUUUUCAAGAUUUUUAGACCAACUUUAGUCCUUCAAAUUGUGCUGAAUCAUGGCUUUAAAAAAGAAGAACGUCUUCCAAGGUUUCAUGCCGGACGAUUAUGUCCCUUCUGGUGACCAACAGAUAGUCAAGUACCUCCUGGGAAAAGGCAACAACCUUCAUGAAGUAGAAAGUCCAACGGGGUCCAUCUUUUUGGUCACAAUGCCCAAAAAGUUUCGACAAACGGUCUGGCUCAAGAAAGGCAAUUGCAUAGUUAUAGACCCAAUCACAGAGGGGAAGAAAGUGCAAGGGGAAAUUAUUUGCGUCGUCCCAUCAAAAUCUGUGGUUGAGAUGAUCAAGUCAGGGGAAUGGUUUCCAAAAUUGGAGGACUUCCCUGAGAAUACAACGACCUGUAACGGUGCUGGAGAUGGGAGUACAAAAAUAAGUCUCGAGGAGAGAAGGAAAAAUUUCCUGGUUCAAUUUUACGCUGACGCCGGAGGAAAAAAUUCUAAGGAUGAAGACGAGUCCAUGAUGCCUCCAUCCGAAUCUGAAGAGGAGGAUUCAUCAUUAUCAGAUGAUGAAGACGAAGCGUCCGACCACGAAGAGUCGUCAUCUACGAAUAACACCUGUAAAGGUGAUGUCGCAGUUCUAAUAGGAAAUCAUUCCAACCAGAACCAGAAUCCCAUAACUUAUUCAGCUCCAGAGCUGGACAAUGAUGAGGACGAAGGGUACAAAAGUCGGGUGCAAUUUCUCGCCUCUGGGAUUGUGACAGUGACCAAUGUGGUGAAUGAUAUUUCCUCUCUUAACCUUCAAAAUGGGCUACAAUCCUUAGAUUUCGAAACAGAAGAUUCCUCCCUAGAAUCACAACAGCAGAGCCAAGUUCAUCAAAAUGAUAACAACAGCACAUCGGUUCAUCGUCAAGCAAAUACGAUCAGGAUACAGGUUAACUAUCCCCCAGAAUCAGCACCUCAUGAUGUAACCGAUUCCAAUAUUUCGAACGACAAUAAUCAAAAUUAGGCAAAACAUUAUAAGUAUAAUUAAUGCGAUUCAUGCAUUCCUCAAGUGAUCUUAUUUUGCAUUAAAUAUCUAUAACGAAAAUGUUAGCUUUCACUAAGAUUUUAACCGUUUGAUCGAGAUUUUUAAUAACAAUGGCACAAUUAUUUAAAAUAAAGUCCGAUUUAAAACCA